UCUUUGUUGAGGUCACAUUGAGCUGCGAGCGGCUUCAGGGGUGUCUUUAGGAAUCAGCAACAUGGCAGAAGACAUCAAGACCAAAAUCAAGAACUACCGGACUGCUCCUUUUGACAGCCGCUUCCCCAACCAGAACCUGACCAGGAACUGCUGGCAGAACGACAUGGACUUCCACCGCUAUGAGCAGGCAAUGACUGCUAAAGGGGGUGAUGCCUCCAUGUGUGAAUGGUACCGGCGUGUGUACAAGUCCCUGUGCCCCAUAUCCUGGGUUUCGGCCUGGGAUGACCGCUGGGCAGAAGGCACGUUUCCUGGGAAGAUCUGAACUGGGCAUCCUCCAUCCUUCUCCCAGGGAGGUGAAGGGUUGGGGGUCGCCUAGGUACAUCCCACCCUAGAAUCCUGAAUCAUGGCUUAACUAAUAAUAAAUACUUGUUGGAAAAAUG